AUGGCCCAAUUCCAAUCCCAAGACCUCCCACAACUCCUGAUUAUUCACCCUUCAGCAUUCUUCACUCAUUUCCAAUCUGAGUUGUCCAUAAAGUUCCAUAUCCUCCAUGCAGGGGAGUCACCACUCCCUCUAGACCAGUACUUGACCACCUAUGCAGGUUCAGUCCAAGCCAUGCUUUGCUACCAUGCCACUCAGGUCAAUGAGGACCUCCUCCGACUGCUACCGGCACUGAAACUUGUUUUGACUUGCACUUCUGGUGUCAACCACAUCGAUGUUGUAGAGUGCAGGAGGCGUGGAAUUGCCAUAGCCACUGCCAGAAGUUUGUACUCAGAAGAUGUUGCUGAUAUUGGUGUUGAUCGGUACGUGAGGCAAGGGCUUUGGACUAGCAAAGGAAAUUACCCUCUUGGUUCCAAGUUAGGAGGAGGCAAGCGAGUUGGCAUUGUUGGAUUAGGAAGCACUGGCUUGGAAGUUGCAAAGAGACUUGAGGCCUUUGGCUGCAGGGUCUCAUACAACUCAAAGAGCAAAAAGCCAUCUUUGCCAUACCCUUUCUAUUCCAAUGUUCAUGAACUUGAAGCUAAUAAUGAUGCCCUCAUCAUAUGUUGUGCAUUGACAGACCAAACCCACCACAUGAUCAACAAGGAAGUCUUAUCAGCACUGGGAAGAGAGGGAGUGAUCGUCAACGUGGGACGAGGGGCUAUUGUUGAUGAGAAGGAAUUGGUGAGGUUUUUGGUGCGUGGAGAGAUUGGAGGUGCUGGUUUGGAUGUGUUUGAGAAUGAACCUCAUGUUCCUGAAGAGCUCUUUGCUUUGGACAAUGUUGUUCUGUCCCCCCAUAAGGCUGUUCACACUACAGAAUCUUUCCAAAGUUCAAAUGAAUUCAUGCUUGCCAACUUGGAAGCUUUCUUUUCAAAUAAACCUCUGCUUACUCCACACACUGAGGGAGAGGAAUUCGAACUUGUACCUAGAGUCUAG